CGCCGCCGCCGCGAUGUGCGGGGGCUCUGACGCCAGGCGGGGCGUCCUCUGAAGGGGGCGAGCCAUGAGGGGCGGCCGGGGGCGAGGGCUGGUGGGCGCGCUCAGCCUGUGCCUCAGCCUGUGCUCCUUGGCGCUGCUCGUCACGGCCAUCUUCAGCGACCACUGGUACGAGACCGACCCCCGUCGCCACCGGGAGAGCUGCGAGAGCCGCGCCGGCAGCGCCCACUCGCCCGAGCAGCGACGCCGCCUCCUGCCGCUGCCGCACUUGCCCUUGCGAGGCGCCAAGCGGCGGCUCCCUCGAGGAGGCGCAGCUCCGGCUCCCGCGCCCACCGGCGACUUCCCGCCGCUGGAGAACUGGAGGGCCCUGGUGGGGCUCGGGGUGCUGCAGUCGCCCUGCGGCCGCCCGCUCUUCGCCACUUACGCCGGCCUCUGGAGGAGAUGCUACUUCCUGGGCGUCGACAGGGACCUCGACAGCUUGGUGGAGAGAGGUAUCACUCAGAGAUGUACGGCAAUCAAGUACCACUUCACUCCACCAAUACGCUUACGCAACAUCCCGUUCAAUUUAACCAAGACCAUCCAACAAGAUGAAUGGCACCUGUUACAUCUAAGAAGAAUCACAGCAGGAUUUCUUGGGAUGGCAGCAGCUGUUCUCCUCUGUGGGUGCAUCGUAACUACAGUCAGUUUCUUUUGGGAGGAAAGCCUCACACAGCACGUUGCCGGCCUCCUUUUCCUUAUGUCAGGCAUCUUUUGCACUAUUUCUCUCUGCACUUAUGCAGCAAGUGUCUCCUAUGACCUAAACCGCUUACCCAAAUUUAUCUAUGGUCUUCCUGAUGACGUGGAACAUGGAUACAGCUGGUCUAUAUUCUGUGCUUGGUGCAGCUUAGGACUCAUCGUAGCAGCAGGAUGUCUUUGCACCACUUAUCCACUCAUUAGCAGGACAAAGAUUAGCCAUCUAAAGUCUACCAGAGACUCUUCUGUAUGACUGCUUAUCAGGGGAUAAUCCCUCCCCUUGAAAGGCAACAGGUGAAGAGUAGUCUUCAAGGAUUUAUAAGGGAGCUAAAUUCAUAAUUCCAAGCACAAAUGAAAACAAAACCCUGUCCCUUAAAUACCAAACAUUGUGUCUUACUAGCCAGGAAAUACAGAGGAUUUCUUCUCUACCUUCAGGGUGGCUGAAAUAAAACGUUCAGACAACUGAGUUCUUGUGGAACUGAUGACUGCAAUUUAGCACAGUGUAUAUGCACACAUCACAAGCGAGACAGGGCUGUUCUCACUCUGAUAAGAAACCUGCGUUGACAAUGUAGGGCUGUUUUAUUUAGCAGAGGUUUGUACAUAAGGUAAUUAACAACCAACAACAACAAAAAACCCCACAACUCCCCAAAUCUCAACUCUAUUCCCCUAUUACCCUCCCCAGUCUUAGGUUGUAAUCCUAUACCCACUUACUUGGGGGUAAGCCCAAUUGAACUCAGUAGGACUUACUUCUGAGUUGACACGUAUAAGAUUGCACUGUAAAAUAUUUUAGACUUUAAGUGAAAUAAACCUUCUCCUUUAGGUAUCUUAAGUGGUUACGGAAUGGUAUUGUGUGAGAGACUGUGAAGAGUUCUGAUGUUGUGAGUGGAUGGGCAAUUUGUUUUAGCAGUAAUGUAGGGAAGGAGCUGAAGGGGAAUGACUUCCAGAGUGCGGGAGGGGGACCUCUUCAGUAAACCAAAAUGCCACUAGCAGUCCCUGUAGUAGAAAAAGUUUUAAACUACUCAUUUGACUAUUCUGCGGUAGCUAGAUUCCUGCUUUUAAUGUAUCUCUCUGAAAUACAUUUUGUAUUUCAUAAGAAGCCAAAUGCCAUGUAUAAACGAGUUUAAUUGUACAAAAACAAUUAUAUGACAUUUAAUAUUGUUGGAAGUAACAUCUGUUGUACAACCUCAGCCUCUUUGUCUAAAAAAAAAAGUUUUGUGGUAGAACUUCUGUUGAAAGUGUUUGUAAAAAUUUCCAAGUGAGUGACUUGGAAAUGGGUCCUUCUUAAACCGUCAUGUAAGUUUAAGACAAAAAUACAACCUCGAGUUAAAAACUCUG